CUUCAUUUAGCAGCCCUGGCUUCAUUAAAGGGAGACAUAGUGGAGCUUAAUAAACGUCUACAACAAACAGAAAGGGAGCGUGACCUGUUGGAAAAGAAAUUGGCAAAAGCACAGUGUGAACAAUCCCACCUAAUGAGAGAGCACGAAGACGUGCAGGAGCGAACAACACUACGCUACGAGGAACGAAUCACAGAACUGCACAGUAUCAUUGCUGAAUUAAAUAAGAAAAUUGAUCGACUACAGGGAACAACAAUAAGGGAGGAAGAUGAGUAUUCAGAGCUGCGGUCAGAGCUCAGCCAAAGCCAGCAUGAGGUUAACGAAGACUCACGCAGCAUGGACCAGAAUUCUGUUUCGGUACCAGAGAAUCAGUCCACCAUGGUCACUGCAGACAUGGAUAACUGUAGUGACUUGAAUUCAGAACUGCAAAGAGUGCUGACAGGUCUGGAAAAUGUUGUCUGCGGGAGGAAGAAAAGCAGCUGCAGUUUAUCGGUAGCAGAAGUGGAUAGACAUAUUGAACAACUCACUACCGCCAGUGAACAUUGUGAUUUAGCCAUUAAGACCGUAGAAGAGAUUGAGGGUGUACUGGGACGUGACCUUUAUCCAAAUCUAUCUGAAGAGAGAUCUCGAUGGGAAAAGGAGCUAGCUGGCUUGCGGGAAGAGAAUGAGAGCCUCACGGCCAUGCUGUGUAGCAAAGAGGAGGAGCUGAACAGGACCAAGGCCACCAUGAAUGCUAUUCGUGAAGAAAGGGACAGACUGCGUAGAAGGGUUCGGGAACUGCAAACACGUUUGCAAAGCGUGCAGGCAACAGGCCCAUCCAGCCCAAGUCGUCUCACUUCUGCCAAUCGACCCAUUAACCCCAGCACGGGAGAGCUGAGCACAAGCAGCAGUAGCAAUGACAUUCCUAUAGCCAAGAUUGCUGAAAGAGUGAAGUUGUCAAAGACAAGAUCAGAGUCUUCAUCAUCUGAUAGACCUGUCUUAGGAUCAGAAAUCAGCAGCAUAGGGGUGUCUAGUACUGUGGCUGAACAUUUGGCACAUUCCCUCCAAGACUGCUCAAACAUCCAGGAAAUAUUCCAGACUCUUUAUUCACAUGGAUCUGCUAUCUCUGAAAGUAAAAUCCGAGAGUUUGAAGUGGAGACAGAGAGAUUAAAUAGCCGUAUUGAGCACUUGAAAUCCCAGAAUGACUUGUUGACAAUAACACUGGAAGAGUGCAAGAGCAACGCCGAGAGGAUGAGCAUGCUUGUUGGGAAGUACGAGUCCAAUGCCACAGCCCUCAGGCUUGCAUUGCAGUACAGUGAACAAUGCAUAGAAGCAUAUGAGCUGCUGUUGGCAUUGGCAGAAAGUGAGCAGAGUCUUAUUCUUGGGCAGUUCAGAGCUGCAGGUGUUGGUUCUGUUGGGGACCAGACAGGUGAUGAAAACAUCACCCAGAUGCUUAAGAGAGCUCAUGACUGCCGCAAGACAGCUGAGAACGCAGCAAAAGCCUUGCUGAUGAAACUAGAUGGGAGCUGCGGGGGAGCCUACGCAAUCACUGGCUGUAGCGUGCAGCCCUGGGAAAGCCUGUCAUCCAACAGCCACACAAGUACUACCAGUUCAACUGCAAGCAGUUGUGAUACGGAAUUUACAAAGGAGGAUGAGCAGCGGCUGAAAGAUUACAUCCAGCAGUUGAAAAAUGACAGAGCAGCAGUGAAACUGACAAUGCUGGAGCUGGAAAGCAUCCACAUUGAUCCCCUUAGUUAUGAUGUUAAACCUCGUGGAGACAGCCAGAGGCUAGACCUGGAAAAUGCGGUCUUGAUGCAGGAACUUAUGGCAAUGAAGGAGGAGAUGGCAGAGCUCAAGGCACAGCUUUACCUGCUAGAGAAGGAAAAGAAGGCAUUGGAAUUGAAACUGAGCACUCGAGAGGCCCAGGAGCAGGCCUACCUCGUCCAUAUUGAGCACUUGAAGUCUGAAGUGGAAGAGCAGAAAGAGCAGAGAAUGAGGUCUCUCAGCUCAACCAGCAGCGGAAGCAAAGACAAAUUGGGCAAGGAAUGCAGUGAUGGCACCGCAACACCGUUAACACUAGCUGAGCUGAGACCUUACAACGAGAGUGAACUGACUGCUGAACUGACAAACGCACUCAGGCGGGAGAAGAAACUGAAAACUAGAGUGCAAGAGUUAGUGAGUGCUUUGGAGAGACUCACGAAGAGCAGUGAAAUCAGACAUCAGCAGUCUGCAGAAUUUGUUAAUGACCUUAAAAGGGCAAACAGCAACUUGGUAGCAGCUUAUGAAAAAGCAAAGAAAAAGCAUCAAAAUAAGCUGAAGAAACUGGAAUCGCAAAUGAUGGCCAUGGUGGAGAGACAUGAAACACAAGUAAGGAUGCUCAAACAAAGAAUAGCUUUACUAGAAGAAGAGAACUCUAGACCACACACCAAUGAAACUUCACUUUAAAUGCAUCUCUUUCAAAGAUGCUUAGUGCCAUUACAAAUUUCUUUCUUUUGGAGGCUGACUUUUAGGUAGCUUCAAACACUAAAAGCUCUGACUGUCAACACUGACACACUUAAGCACCUUCUCUGGGAUCCCAGAGAGGUGCCAUGGGGAUAAUAUAAGUGUUAAACUUAAGGACUGUUUCGUAAUGUAAAAUGGCAGUGCCUGAAUUAUCAUGCUAUAAUUAUGUAUGUUGUCUGUGUCAUUAUGUCUAUAUUCAUACAGCUUCUUUUCCAUUUUAUGUAUGUCUCAUGGGUGACAGUGUCACAUAGAAAAA